AUGGCACAUUGUGAUUUUCAAAUCAUAUAUGAGCACUUGGUCAUUAAGGGAAUGGACCCUACAUAUAACUUUUGGUACCAUCAUGUGGAAGUAUGUGAAGGAGAUGAAAUGGAGAAUGAAGUUGAUGAUAGUUUUAUGUGUGAAGCAACAAACUUCUAUGAGAGCACAUAUAUGGGAAAAGAGGACAUCAUUCAUGACAAUUCUACAUCAAGGAAGGAAAACAAAUUUUCUCAAAAGGUGGAAGAGGCAAAUACGCCAUUGUAUGGUGGUUGUACGAAGUAUACAAAGAUGUCAGCAGUUGUAGCAUUGUACAAACUGAAAACUUUUAAUGGUUGGUCAGAUACAAGCUUCACUAGCCUUUUAGGGCUUUUGCAUGACAUGCUCCCAAUGGACAAUGUUAUUUCAAGAUCCAUUUAUGAAGUUAGAAAAUUAUUUAAGGAAUUUGAUUUAGGUUACCAAAAAAUUCAUGCAUGUGUUAAAGACUGUUGCCUAUUUAGAAAUGAGAAUGAAAAGUUAGAAAGUUGUCCUCAUUGUGCGAGUUCAAGAUGGAAGAUUGAUGAACGAACAAACCAAAUCAAACAAGGUGUGCCCGCCAAGGUAUUGAGAUACUUUCCUAUCAUUCCACGACUUAAACGGAUGUUUAAAAUAAAUGAAGUUAGUGAAAGUUUACGUUGGCAUUUGAGUCAUAAAAGUACUGAUGGAAAGAUCAGACAUCCCGUUGACUUUGUUGCAUGGGAAACAAUUGAUAAAAAAUGGCCUGAGUUUUCAAUGGAUCCACGUAAUCUUAGGUUGGGCCUUGCUACAGACGGGUUUAACCCCUUCUCCAAUUUAAGUAGUCGAUAUAGUUGUUGGCCGAUCAUGCUUGUUACUUACAAUCUUCCUCCUUGGUUAUGCGUGAAAAAAGAAAACAUAAUGUUGACACUGUUGAUUCCUGGUCCCAGACAACCCGGAAAUGAUAUUGAUGUAUAUCUACAACCCCUUGUGGAAGAUUUACAACAACUAUGGAAAGGAAUACAAGUUUAUGAUAUUGUAGGCAACACACAUUUUAAUUUGAGAUCAAUUCUUAUGUGGACUAUAAGUGAUUUUCCAGCAUAUGGAAAUCUUGCCGGAUGCACUACAAAAGAUAAAUAUGCAUGCCCAACAUGUGGAGAUAGUACUCGUUCUUAUUGGUUGAAAUAUAGUAAAAAAUUUGCAUAUAUGGGUCAUAGACGAUUCUUGUCAAGGGCUCAUCCAUAUCGAAGAAAAAAAGCAUGGUUUGACGGUAGAAUAGAAGAAGAGUUACCCUCCAAAAUAGCUACAGGUAGUGCAAUUUAUGCCCAACUUCAAAAUUUUAAUAAUUGUUGGGGAAAACGUGAAAAGAAAAAGAGCAAAAGUCAUAAAGAUUUGUCAAACCAAAGGUGGAAGAAGCGAUCGAUUUUCUUCGAUCUACCAUAUUGGAAGGAAUUACCAAUACGACACAACUUGGAUGUCAUGCACGUGGAGAAGAAUGUAUGUGAGAGUAUUAUAGUGGUGCUUAGAGGCUUGCUCCCAAAAGGUCCAAGACAUGCAAUAUACAGGCUAUGCUCAUAUUUUAAUAGACUUUGCCAACGUAUAAUUGAUAGAGAGGUUAUGUUGGAUCUUGAAAAAGAAGUGGUGGACAUUUUAUGUCUUCUUGAAAGAUACAUGAAGGUAUUGAAAGGUUAUGUACGAAACAAAGCACGACCAGAAGGGUGCAUUGCAGCAUGUUACUUAGCUGAUGAAUGUGUUGACUUUUCAAACAAGUAUUUUAAACAAUCAGUUGAGGUAGUGAAUAGUCAACAACGUAAUGAAGAAUACCAAAACGAUGUCAUCUUAGAGGGUCGUCCUAUAUCUUCUGGAACUUCAGUUGAACUAUUCGAUGAUGUACUUGAAAAUGCACAUCGAUAUGUCUUAUUCAACACAUCAGAGGUGGAACCAUUUAUAGACUGA